GUACCAAGGGAACACCGUGCAUUUCUGGACGUUCCCGCAUACGACGAAAGAUGGCGCCGUGACGGCGACAACGCACAGCAAGAAGCAUCUGGCGAAGAUGCUUAAAGAAGCGUAUGGCGCUGACAACAUUGAGUUUUAUGUGAUCGUCGCUGAGCAGCAUGCCCAAUCGGAGCGUGCCUGGGAGCGCACGUAUCAUUGGCAUGCGCUGCUGAAGUUGACUCGCCGAAUCAAGUGGAAAGCUCUUGCGCGUCAGUUACGUGAGAAGCACCUGUUUGGCCACUUGGCGUUGCCGCGUUUGCAUGCGGAUUUCUUCAGAUGCCUGCGAUACUUGGUUGCGCCCACGACUCGCAAAGGACAAGAUCAAUUGGACUCGAAUCCAUACUUUUCUUCCCAGUUUCCUGUAGACAUGAUGGAAAAGCGCAUGCGCAAGUACUUCAACAUCAGCUUGCGCCCGUCUGACAUGUACAGCAUCGUGCGGCAGAUGAAGUUCACAAGCUAUCAGCAGCUUAUCGAUUGGGCUGUGGAACAGCGCCGGCGCGGCAACAGCAUCUAUGAGAAGUUCUUAGCGAAGCAAGGGCAAAAGAUGCCAGGUCUCUUUGCGUCUUGGAUGCAAAUCUUGUGUGAGCCUGCCACUGCAGCGGGUCUCCGCAAGCAGAGACUGGAGUUGUGGAGUCGCGCAGCUCAGACUCCGUGCAGCUGUGUGAGUCCGAACCGGUUGCAAGACGCCUUAGAGAGGCUUCUAGAACACCACGGCAAGUGCCCGGGAAGAUGGGCGUUUUGCUUGACAAAGCUGUUGCGAAUCGGCACAACAGCCAAAAACAGCAAUAUCUUGCUGUGGGGCGAAUCCAACAGCGGCAAGACCGCACUGACCCGACCUCUCAUCCAUAUCUUUGAGAAUCACGUGUUCUUGCGCCCGAAUCGAGGAGACACCUUUGUCCUACAAGGUCUUGAAAAGAUGUUGAUUUCUGUUUUUCAAGAUUGGCGGCUUUCCACCACGCCGCUGCCGUAUGACACUCUGCUGCUGCUCCUAGAAGGGGAGUCCGUGAGUUGUGCGGUCAAGAAUUCGACACCCGUGCUGGUGCACCAUCCUCCUCCAUUCAUCAUCACCACCCAGACGAAAGUCGUGCCCAAGACUCCCAGAGGAGAUCCCGACGAGGAAGAGCGGAAGGCCUUUCAAAACAGAUUUGGCCUGCGUUGGUGUUUCAAGAAUGCCUUGUCUUCAGCCCAACGAGAUCCCGCAUUGAAGCUUUGCUACAGUUGCAAAGGCUGCUAUGUCCGGUGGAUCAACCGGUGCUACGAGCAGUAUGUCGCGGACAACCCCGGCAUCGAUUCAGAAAUCCGGAUGGUGGAAGCAACUCUGGAGAGGGAGUCUAGCACUUGUGCAAGUUCUCAGGUGUCAAACCUCUGUGAGCCCGCGAGCCGUGGCCACAAGCGCAAGAGCGAGGAGCCGUGUACUCCUCCUCGACAUCAUCGGCUGGAAGAGCCAGGAUCUCCCUUGCUGGUGCAAGAGGUGAAUGCAAGCAGUCCGCUUCUUACUCCUUCUCCGUUGCCACGGAUGAACCCCGAUUGUCCGUAUGCAGUUACGCAUGCAUGGAAAGAUGGUGAACUCUUGGAAGUUACGCCGCUGAAGCAGAGUGCAGAAGAUACCAUUCCCUGA